AGUAUGAGGGUGUUGUCUGUUUUAUGUAUAAAAACUACACAAGUGAACCGCAACUAGGGUUUGGAUUUCACAAAAAUCGUCAUUUCGGCAGAGCAAAACCCUAAUCACAAAGCUCGCAGCUCAAAGCUUCAGCAAUCAUGGGGCGUAUGCACAGUGGCGGUAAGGGUAUUUCAUCUUCUGCUUUACCAUACAAGAGGUCUGCACCAGGAUGGCUCAAGACCUCUACACAAGAUGUGGAAGAGACUAUUUGCAAGUUUGCAAAGAAGGGUUUGACUCCAUCUCAGAUCGGUGUUAUUCUUAGGGAUUCUCAUGGAAUUGCCCAGGUUAAGUUUAUCACUGGCAGCAAAAUCCUUAGGAUCCUCAAGGCUCAUGGACUUGCACCUGAAAUUCCUGAGGAUCUGUACCAUUUGAUCAAGAAGGCAGUUUCAAUUAGGAAGCAUUUGGAGAGGAACAGAAAGGAUAAGGACUCCAAGUUCAGGUUGAUUCUUGUGGAGAGCAGAAUCCACCGUCUUGCUCGCUAUUACAAGAAGACCAAGAAGCUCCCACCAGUCUGGAAGUAUGAAUCAACAACUGCCAGCACUUUGGUUGCUUAGAGAAGUCCUUGAUUUUGACUUGUUAUUCUGUUCUGCAGUCGCAUUUGGACUAGAAAUUUGCUCGUAUUUAGUUUUUUUUGGUGUCAUGAUCAGUCCUGGAAGACUUGAACUAGUUAAUUUACUUAUCAAUGUCUUAUUCCUUCUUUUUUAUCAGUUGUAGAACUAGCUGUUGUCAUUCGAAGAUGUGAGCUGACUUCAGUUUUUGGUUUUAAUUUUAAGUUAUAUACAUGCUAGAAAUCUUGGAAAAACCCAUUUUACUGCAUUUGAAUGAUACAUUGUUUGGUUUUUGAAGGAAAAACA